AUGUCUUUGUCAAUUGCAAUUGGUGAAUAUUCUUUAUCAAAAGGUCAUAUAGAGUACACGAUCAUUGUUACUGAUAAUAUCUCUGGAGAAAGGUGGAGCAUGAGAAGAAGGUAUUCACAAAUAAGACAAUUGCACCAAAUUUUGAAAAAUUUCUCCAGCCAGGUUCCUAACUUAUACAAUUUACUGAAUAUUUUAUUAAAAUUAAUAUAAAGUUAAUAUUAAUUUAGCUAAAAUAGUAGAAUUCCAUAUUCAGCAUUAAAAAUACAAUAAAAAAUUAAAAUCAUUAUAUUUAUACAGAGUAAGUUUCCACCCAAAAAAAUUUUUGGAAAUAAAAAUAAAGAGUUUUUAGAAACGAGAAAAAAAGGAUUGGAAGACUACCUUAUUUCUAUUGCUAAUAAUCACGAGCUUGGACAAAGUGCAUAUUUUAAAGAUUUUAUUAGACCAAAUGAUAAAGUUUUAUUUAAGCAAAGCAAUGAUAAUCGGAAGGUAGCUCAAAAUCGGCCAAAAACAGUUGAAGAAGCUGAAGAAGCCUUAAAGCCAGCAUUGACUCAAAUAGUUGAAGAGACAAGCACCCAGUUUCUGGAUUUAUCUGCACAACCAAAUCCAAUUAGCGAAGAAGAUUCAAAAGCUAAAGCCAAAGAAUAUCUGCAAGCAUCCAUAAAUAUAACUUUCGUAUGAAAAAAUAACGUUCCUAAAAACGAUAUACCAGUGUCAGGGAUUUCAAGUGAAAAAAUAUCAAGGCAUAAGGAAGAAGUUGAUAAAUUUUGAAAUGAAGUGAUAGAGGCUAUAGAUUCACUGAAAAUUGAAAGCAAUUUAGCUCUAUCAAAAGUAGUUUAA